UUAAACUCUCAUUCAUUAUUGAACUCCUAAAACUUUCUUGCAUUCUGCACUUUCUAUAACUCUUCCUAUGCUAAUCAACUCUUCUGAUGUGUAACUUUACAGGUUUCAUCAUGACUUACUUUUUAUUAAUCAUAUGUGCUGUGGUGCACAUUGGUUUUUCUCUUAGAGAUCCAUACAUCACUUUAAAUGUACCAAAAACUUCGUCUUUGCCCGAAAUCAAACAGGCAUACAAACGUUUGGCCAGAGAAUGGCAUCCAGAUAAAAAUAAAGGUCCGGAAGCGGAGUCAAAAUUUAUAGAAAUUAAUAAAGCUUAUGAACUGCUUUCUGAUCCUGAAAGACGACGUCUUUUUGAUCGUACAGGUGUUACCGAAGAUACUCCUAAUUUUCGACAACAUGCUGAUUACUCACGAUUUAAGCGUUUCGAUAGCGAUCCCUUUGAACACUUAUUUAGCCAAAGUGGUUUUAAUUUUCAAUUUAAAUUCAAUCAGGGAUCGUUUUACCACAAACAUACCAUUACAGCUAAAGCUUAUGAAAAUCACAUCAUUCCUAACAGUAAUUUUCAACCAUAUUUGAUUUUGUUUUAUGGGGAAAUAUGCUUUGGUUGCAUCAAUGCAGAGCCAAUUUGGAGGAAACUUGUGCAAGAAUUGGAACCUUUAGGAAUUGGAUUUGCUGCUAUUCAUGCACAGCAAGAAAGUUCUUUAACCCAUAAAAUUGGUGUAAGCUCUCUGCCAUAUUUGAUUGGUGUAAUUGAUGGAAGGCCUGUCCAUUACAAAGAUCAUCAGUUGAGUUUUAUUAAAGUAGUUGAUUUCUGUCGUCGAAUAUUGCCACCUAGAAUUGUGACAAGUUUGACUGAUUCAAAUAUUGUAGAUUUUCUUAAUGGCUGGCAUGAUAAUAGAAUCAGAGUUUUAAUAUUUAGUAGAGCAGAAUCAGUCCGUUUACGAUACUUUAUAUUGGCAUUUAGAUUUCGUAAUCGUGCAGCAAUGGGUCAUAUUGCACUAGGUAUGGCUGAUACAAAGAUGGUUACUAAAAAGUAUAACAUACAGUCAAAAAUGGAAUCUUUACUGAUUUUUAACGAAGAUAUAUCAAAACCAAUUGCAACUUUAAGUAUGACGGAAUUAUCUGUUCAAACUAUGAGUGAUGUAAUUGAGGCAAAUAAGUUCUUACUUCUGCCAAGACUGUCAUCACAAGUUUUAUUUGACCAGCUUUGUCCAGCUGAAGCUGUAAGAGCUCGUAAAUACUUGUGUGUGAUCUUGAUUACUAAAAAUAUCAAAGAUCAUGACCCUUACCGUUCUGUAAUGCGAAACUUCAUUCAAGAGAUUGAUCUGCCCAAUGAUAGAGUGAAAUUCAUGUUCAUAUAUGAAGAAAAACAGAAAGAUUUUGUUAAAGCGCUUUCAUCAGGUUUGGGGGCACCCGAGGAUCCAAUUCUCCAUGUUGUUUUGAUAUGGAGGAAAGAGCAUGAUCUUGUUAAAUAUCAAUGGUUGGAUCAUAGAUGGGACAUAACUGACAACUCCAUUAAUACUACCAAAGAUGAGUUAAAUGCAGCCAUUAAUCGGUUAAUGCAGAGCUCCGAGACUUUGCCAUAUGAUGCUAAAGUUUCUAUACUGGCCGAUGAGCAUGCCCUGAGUUUAUUCACUAGGGUAUUGAAUAGAAUGGUUUUGAUUGGCGACGUUUUGUGGGAUAACAUAACUCGCCAAGAAGUCUUGCCUGCAGUAUCAGUGAUAUUGUCAAUAGGUUUCAUAAUAUUGGUUGGCUAUAUAAUGACAUAUUUGGUUCAAUUAGAAGAACAAAACAUUCAAGAAAAAUAUCAAAGAGAGGGCAAACAAGUACCAGGGAUGCCAAACAGAAGUAAACCUGAAUAUCACUUACACAUUCAUGAGCUUCGAGGGGAAACUUACAAUGGUCUUGUUAGGCUUCUUAAACCUGGAUGUCGAACUAUAGUGUUGUUACUUGAUAGUGAAUCUAAAAUGAAGUUGUUGCCUAUUUUCUACCGAUCUGUGUACCCAUAUCGCAGAAAUAAAACCUUGAUGUUUGCUUUCCUUAUGGUGGAAAAAAAUUUAGAAUGGUAUCGCCGUUUGUUACUUCAAACUCUAGGGGAGAAUCGGGAGUUGAAUAUCAAUCCCAAAAAUUGUAUAGGUACUGUUCUUUCAUUAAAUGGACAUAGGAAGUAUUUUUGUGUAUAUCAUGCUAAGCAUGCUGAGCAAAGUUGGAAGAAGCGUGAAGGAAGAAUGAAAAAAGCCGAAAAUUCCACUGCUGGAGAAUUUAUAGGAUUUGAAGAUAGUGAAUCUGAGAAUAGUGAUAUUGAAGCAGCUAAAACAAGUAUGCAUGACAAUGAUCUGUAUGGAAAUGUAGUGUUUGAAGAACAUCUUUUAGAUGGUUUGUCAAAUUGGUUAGAUAGAUUAUUUGAAGGUUCAACACAGAGGUAUUAUAUACAAUUCUGGCCUGAUAAUAUGAAAUAAAAUAAUUUAUCUGACUUUUCACUGAAAAAUCAUCACUCAUUCGGAUCUAAGGCUUAGAAAAUAUCUAUAAAGCACGUUUUAUAUAUGUUACAAAUUUUGCUGAAUGAUAUAAUGUCGUUUUAAAAUAUUUCUAAUCAAAAUAUAUUGCCUGCUGUGACUUCAAAUCUUAUCCACUUCUUUCUACUUUGAUUACUCAUUACUUUCUAUGCAAAGAUCAUGGAUCUGUUAGAUUUAAAGAAAGUAGAAUGUAGCGAUAUUGCAUUUAAGAAGUAAUUUAAGUAGAAAAUCCAAUUUUAUCUGCUGACGCCUAUUCCAAUUUCAAACAUUAUGGAAACCAUUUUGUGUUAUCUGGUCAUAUUUCUUUUAUUUAUUUAUUUAUAAAUGAUAAAAUAACUGAUUGUUAUGUAUAUUUUAUCCCUAUGUUAAAAUUAAAAUGUUCUA